UAUAUUAGAUUGCACGUACAAACGCCACCUGUACAGACCUAGGAACGGACUGUCGCAUUUUUCGAAUUACAGCUGGAAACGGACCUUCAUGAUGACAAUGGACCCGUUGAAAUCGGCCAUGUCCAUCGGGAAUGUGGAUGAGACAUCUCUUGCUUUGCCGUCCGAUAAGAAACUUCGGUCCAAACAGCAGCGAGUCUUGGAUCAGGUGCAAACCAUCAAGAGGGGCAAGUCGAAGUACAGUAAAAAUGGAUCUGUGUCUUCGCCAACGACAUCCCCAACGAGUCCUGUGUACAUCAACAUAUUCGCUGACUCCUUUAAGUCACCUACCAGUCUCAAUGGAGGGGCCUUCUUUAAUGGUACAAAUGGCCUCUCAAAAACGCUCAGCUAUGAGAAAAGCACCAAGCGAAGGGUCGUGGCCUCCAAGGAAUCUACGGUCCAGAGGAACAUGAGCAGCUCCAGCCAGUGGGAGAGACGAUUCCCUCUCAGCCCCACCAUAGGCAAGCACAACAGCAGCCGCAGUGUGCCUGACCUGGCCCCCUUCCCCACCACUACUACUACUACCACCAUCACCACGCAGCAGCAGCAGCAACAGCAGUCCUCGGCCCCCGCCCGGCAGCUCCAGCCCAACAGGUCCAGCGUCUUCCUGUCCGAGAGGAACAGCAGUCAGGUCAUCUCCAAUGGCAACAGCUCCUCUCAGGUCGCUGUCAAAGGUAAUGGGGUGCAGAAAAGGAACAGCCAGUUGAUUGGCACGCGUCAGACAAAAAGUAGUGGCCAGAUUACCAGCAGCCAAGGUCGUAUUGAGAGGGCACCCUCUAACCUCUCCGUGGCCGAGUCCAAGAUAUCAGGGAUGAAGAGCAAGGGUGAAGCGGGGAUUAAUGGUAAUGGUCAGAUAGCUGAUAUAACCAUGAAGGAGGCGGUGGAGUACCUGUCCAGUGGAGAUGAGAACUACCAGCUCUGUGGAGCCUCCGUCAUCCAACACGCGACCUACUCAGAGGACAAGGCCAAGCAGGAGGUGUUGCGGCUCAAAGGGAUCCCCCCUUUGGUGAACCUGCUUAGGAGUCCCAGUCCCCAGGUCCAACAGACUGCCUCCGCCACCCUGCGGAACUUGGCCUUUAAAGAUGCAGACAACAAGGAGGAGGUCCAGCGCUGUGGGGGCAUCACUGAGGCACUGGCCCUGCUCCGAGACACAGACUCUACUGAGACACAGAAACAACUCACAGGUCUCCUUUGGAACCUGUCAUCUGCAGACAGUCUGAAGCCAGAGCUGGUGCGUAGUGCUCUGCCUGUCCUGACUGAGACUGUGGUAGUACCAUACACUGGAGAUGAGACAAACAGCAACCAGGACCCAGAGGUCUUCUACCAUGCUACGGCAUGUCUACGAAACCUGAGCUGUGCGACUCAAGGCAACAGGCAGGCCAUGCGUAACUGUCGAGGCCUCGUCGACUCUCUGGUCAGUUACGUCCAGCGCUGUGUGGCUGCAGAGAGGCCAGAUGACAAGUCUGUGGAAAAUUGUGUGUGUGUCUUGCACAACCUGAGCUUCCAGCUGGAGAGUGAAGCCCCUGCCCUCUUCAGCAGGAUCACUGCCCUGGCCAGGACACCCAGCAGGGCCAACACCCCCAGUGAGACCGGCCCCAUUGGGUGCUUCAGCCCACAGAGCAGCAAGGUCCAGGAGCAGGAGAGUCACUUUGACUACCCUGUGAUGGAGGAGCAGAACCCGAAAGGAGCAGGCUGGCUCUUCCACUCCAAGACCAUGCAGAGUUACCUGUCUCUGCUGGGGUCCAGCCAGAGAGAAGAGACCCUGGAGGCCUGCUCUGGAGCCCUGCAGAACCUCAUUGCUAACCAAGGCAUUGUGUCUAGUGUGAUGAGCCAGAGCAUCGUGCAGAAGCUGAACGGCCUGCCUCACAUCUCUCCCCUGCUGCAAUCCUCCAACCCCAGCCUCCAGAAAACUGCUGUGUCUCUGGUAGGGAACCUGGCCAAGAACCAACGCCUUCAGAGCACCAUGGCCCGACAGACCCUACCGGAGCUAGUUGGCAUCCUCAGCUCAUGGACCAAGAAAGAGAAAGAGUUUGAUGACACCCUGGCCAUGGCGUGCCAAACCAGCCACAGUCUGCUAAUGAAGGAGCCUGAGCUGGGGAAACCCCUGCUGACCAACAAGCUGGUCAACUCAGUUAACGACCUGAGCAAGAACAGGGAUUUCCCAAAGGCCAGCAAAGCUGCAGGUGUGCUCCUCUACAGCCUCUGGUCAGAGAAGGACGUACAGAGUUUCCUAAAAAAGCAAGGGAUGAAUAAGGGUUCCUUUGUGAAUGACAUCACCAGCGCGGCUCACCGGUCUGUGCAGGUCAUUGAGUAACAAGACAACUGGCAUGGAUCUCUUGGCACAACCUCCGGAUGUACUAAUGAACUUGUGGGCCUAAUAAACCUACUACGGUACAUAUCAGAUUGGGUCCAGUUAAUCUGAUUACAACAUUUUUACGUUAGAUUUUUAAAACAAUUUAUAGCUAAUCAGAAUGCUUAGCCAUUAUGUUUAGUUGUGUCUUUCGUCUUACGUCAGUACAAAGGUGAUGAUCUUGCACUUAUAUUUCUGUUAUUUUCUAGGCUCUUUUGUGUUUACUAGAAAUCCUUUUUUUCCUGUUUUUCCACUGUAAACAUGAUGCUUUUGUAUUGAUAAUGUCUGGUUACUGGGAUUGCUUGAAUAGGGCCCCUUCGCUUGCAUGUCAAUUAUGGUUCAUUGUGUAUUUAUCUAGCCAGGAUAGUCCACUCAGUAACAAUUGCCACUGUUUGUCAGGUAGUCCUGAGGGUAUACUACAAAGCAGGAUCAAGGAGUUAGCCAACUAACUUGCCUAAAUAUAUAUAUAUAUGU